CGGGCGGGCGGCGCGGGGCGGCCACGGGGCUGCCGCCGCCGCCUCCCCUCACUGCAGGCGCUGCCGGCGCGGAGCGGAGCGGGCCGGGCUGGGCCCGCCCGGGCCCGCCCGCCCGCGGCCUCCAACACCGCCACCAUUCCGCCCCUACCUUCCCGUUGCCGGCGGCCCCCAGCUGCCACCAUGCAAGAGCUCAUCGCCAGCGUGGAUCACAUCACAUUCGACCUGGAGCUGGCCGUGGAGCAGCAGCUGGGGGCACAGCCGCUCCCCUUCCCUGGCAUGGACAAAUCGGGCGCGGCUGUCUGUGAGUUUUUUUUAAAGGCGGCAUGUGGAAAAGGAGGCAUGUGCCCAUUCAGACACAUCAGUGGGGAAAAGACAGUUGUUUGUAAACACUGGCUACGAGGACUGUGCAAAAAGGGAGACCAGUGCGAGUUCCUGCACGAGUAUGACAUGACCAAGAUGCCUGAGUGUUACUUCUACUCCAAAUUUGGGGAAUGCAGUAACAAGGAAUGUCCAUUCUUGCACAUUGACCCGGAGUCAAAGAUCAAAGACUGUCCCUGGUAUGACAGAGGCUUCUGCAAACACGGUCCCCUGUGCAGACAUCGGCACACUCGGAGAGUCAUUUGUGUGAAUUACCUGGUAGGAUUCUGUCCAGAGGGCCCUGCCUGUAAAUUCAUGCACCCUCGGUUUGAACUGCCAAUGGGAACCACAGAGCAACCACCACUGCCUCAGCCAACACAAACACAGCAAAAGAGGACACCCCAAGUCAUUGGAGUCAUGCAAUCUCAAAAUAACAACAGUGGGAACAGAGGACCCCGGCCGUUGGAGCAGGUCACCUGCUACAAGUGUGGUGAAAAAGGUCAUUAUGCCAACAGAUGCACCAAAGGACACCUGGCCUUUCUCAGUGGACAGUGAAGGAGCAGCAGGAAGGUGCAAGGGAGCUGUUGCCACUGAGGAAAGGUUUCUGCCUAGCACAAUGUCUGGAGCUAUUAAUCAGGUUGUUUUUUUAAUGCCAUUACUGAAAGAACUGGUCAGAGGCUGGCUGCUGCUAAGCAACAUUUUUGUAAUUGUUCCCAACUUUUUUUAAGUUUUAACCUUUUUAAAAUCA